UAACUCAUUAAAGUUCAUGAUUAAAAAUUAAACGUAAGAAAUUCACUAAAUGUUACAGAACAUGAAUCAGAAUACGAUAAAAAAUUUUUCAGUUCACAAAUAUGUAUCUGCGAAGAACCAACAGAAUCGCAAGCUUAUAUUAGCCUUGCAUUUCAUUCAACCAGCAUUCUGAAACCUUUUCUUGUGCACGUAACACCUUAGUUCCCACACCGCAGUGCAGUUCCACUUGUGCCGUAAAGCAAAUCCGCUCAGUGAUCUUGUUAGUUCCGCUGAAGUCAGUUCCGUAGUGCAAAUCUGCUGUGUUCGUUUUUGUUCUGCUGCAAAUCCUUAGUGCAGUUCAGCUCGUUCCGUUUUGCAGUUCCCCUCUCUGUUCCUGUUAGUUCCGCUGGAGUUCAGUAGUGCUGUUCCACGUAUUGCGAAGUACUGUUUCGCUCAGUUUAUCUUCGAUCCGCUGCAGUUCCUUGAUGCAGUUCAGCUCGUUCCGUAGUGCAGGUACCCUCACUGUUCGUGUUCGUUCCGCUGCAGUUCAGUAGUGCUGUUCCACGUAUUCCGAAGUACUGUUUCGCUCAGUGUUUAUCUUCGAUCCGUUGCAGUUCCUUGAUGCAGUUCAGCUCGUUCCGUAGUGCAGGUACCCUCACUGUUCGUGUUCGUUCCGCUGCAGUUCAGUAGUGCUGUUCCACGUAUUCCGAAGUGCUGUUUCGCAUCUUCGAUCCGCUGCAGUUCCUUGAUGCAGUUCAGCUCGUUCUGUAGUGCAGGUACCCUCACUGUUCGUGUUCGUUCCGCUGCAUUUCCGUACUGCACUUCCGCUUGUUUCGAGCAGUCUUCCUGGCACGAGGCAACUAAAUUUCGGCUGAACCUGCCAUGUGGAUUAAGUCCCCACCUACCAAUUCAUCUCUGACGUUCACUGACGUAAACGUUCCGCUGACGCUAUCGUUCCGUUCAUUACAAUGAUCAACGAGUACGUGCAAAUGUCCAAAAUGGACCAAGCUGUGGCCUACGCAUUUAGGCCAGAAGUAACUCAAGCUAACUUGCCCAUGCUAAUGAGCAAUGAUCCUCCCCUAGAGGACUAUCGUGUAAUGGCCCUAGUCCUCUCUGUGAAAAAUCCACGAGACAAAACGAAAACUAUCAAGUAUUCUGGGAAGGAUACGGCAGUCUCCUAUCACCGACUCUGCCUAUGCCGCGAUCUCGACUCGGGGGAAGAAUUCUACUUCCUCACAACCAACCCCACGCAAACAGCAUCAAUUUUCCCACUUUUCCGGCAGUCACAGCUCCAUGGGGCAUUUAUCGCUCUUCUCGAGCCAAUAUACAAACAAAAUAAAAUUUUAGAAAUUCCCUUGCUGACUCUUAAAGAAGCAAUCUCCCCUGCCACCAUCAACCUGGCCAAAAUUCUACUCAACGACAUUAUCCCCGACCCAGGAUCCAACCUCAUUACAACAUUCCUGUUCGCAACCAUACAACUAUCUUUAGUUCAGUGCAAAUUCCUAUCAGGCUGUCCAGCCCCAUUUUGUGAUGGCUACCAUGGGGCCGAAAUCCUAUGCCCUGCGCCUCAGGCGCAAUCAAGCGGUAGUCUUCAAAUGGCCCUAUCAUGUCUGGUAUCAGUACCAAAUACACCUCUCAAGCUUGUCAGCCAUAUCAGCGCCUCCUUGGCUAAAUAUUUCAUAGCUCACAAUUCGCUAACAAAGAGGAACCUGGAUAUUCCUCUCUUGAAAGUGUCUAUCAGACAAACCGUGCAAUACUACGCCGAGCGCAACGUGCGCUGGUUAAUAGGCGGAUGGUAUAAGAGAAAUGUGGAACGAGGAACGACCAAGCUCCACAUUUCAACCAUCCGACCUGAGACCGUGCUUCCUGAGGCGCCUUUGUUCUCCACUGAAGUACCAGAGCCUGCCAACAUUGAGGCUGGACCCGUCGAACGGCGACAACGAGCUCGUCGCUUCGAAGACGAAAACGUUCCAGGACCCGCACCACCUCACGUCGAGCCUCCGGCACGGGCACCUCCUGCUCCUCGAAGGCAGCGUGCAGCAGAUGACGCUCCAGCUCAGGAGCAAGGCCAAGAAGCCGCGGGGAAACGCCCAAGAGGCGAAUGACCACGAAAAAGCCAAGAUAGUUUUCAGGAACCAAGUCGACACAAUCGGGGUUGACCAGCGUCUUAACUUGGCGGCACACCUGUAUCCCUAACUACCCAGCCCAGCAUCAUGCUGGCAUGCAAGAUGUGCAUAAAAGUAUGCAUAAUUAAAUUACAGCGUUUAA